AUGGCUGGAGAUAAGGAGAAUAUUGUGGAAAAGGACAAUUUAGAUGCAUCAAAUCCCUUCUACAUGCAUCCAUCGGAGAGUGCAGGUUCAGUGUUGGUACCUGUGGCCUUUGAUGGCACAGGAUACAGAUCUUGGAGAAGAGGUGUGCUUAGAGCUCUUUCAGUAAAGAACAAAGUUGGCUUCAUAACUGGAAAGUGUCAGAAGCCAACAGUAGGACAUGCAACUUUUGAUCAAUGGGAGCGAUGUGAUGAUAUGGUUACUUCAUGGAUCUUAAAUUCCCUUUCAAAGGAUCUAGCGGAUAUCUUGCAAUACGUGAGUGGUGCAAAGGAGCUGUGGCGAGAGUUGGAAGAUAGGUAUGAUCAGACUAAUGGAGCAAAGCUCUAUCAGCUUCAGAAGGAAAUAAAUGACUUGAGCCAAGGAACCCUUGAUAUAACGGGGUAUUACACAAAGAUGAAGAAGUUGUGGGAGGAAUUGAACACAUUGAAUGCACAUGCACAAUGCAACUGCCAGUGCACCUGUGGAGCUAAAGCCAACAUGCACAAGGCUGAGCAGGAUAGGAGGUUGAUACAGUUUUUAAUGGGCCUAAAUGAGGUAUAUACUGUCGUGAGGAGGUGCAUACUGAUGAUGGAUCCUCUCCCAAGCAUUGCUCAAACUUUCUUUAUUCUCAUUCAAGAGGAGAAGCAAAGGGAAGUUAAGCCACAGAAUCAACAAUUAGUAAUUGAAUCCACAUCAUUGAAUGUUAAUGGUCCAGGAAGAAACACCUUUAGGACAAACUAUAACCAACACACUGGAAACAAUAGCUAUGGAAGAGGCUACAUGGGGAAUAGACCUAGGUCAUUCUGUGAUUUCUGCAAGAGGCCAGGACACACUAAAGAAAAAUGCUAUUAA